GUGUUUAGCUUGGCACCUUUCUGGUCAGGCCGAGGGAAAUAAAGUCACUGAAAGUAAAAUGCAAUCUGCUUCUGUUUCCCACUUGGAAGGAUAUUGAGAGAAAACAGUUUCAAGUUGAACGGGACCUCCGUCAAGGAAAUUACUGCAUGCUUUCUUCUGAUCUUGGAUGGUGUUGGGAAAUACUGGGUGUGACUUUGAUCCAUUUCUUAAGUGCACAGACUAGUCAUCUGCUCCAUAUGGUACAAGUCAUAUGAUUCCAUGACACAUGUAUAUGUAUAUAUAUAAGGUGCCUGGCGACUCUGCUCAGACUGCGCUGAACUUGCUUCUUCAUAACCAGUCAUCAUGUCAGAGAACUUACCUGCCCCGGUGAUUACUGGGGGCUUUUCUGAGACCCGGCCUGCUACUCCAGAAGUCCAGCAUAUUGUUGAUGAGGUGAAGCAAGACUUUCAAGAAAGGACAAACAUGACAUUUUCCAUGUUUAAAGCCAUAUCAUAUAGGAGUCAGGUGGUUUCUGGGACAAACUACAUUAUUAAGGUCCAAGCUUCCGAGACCGAGUAUUUCCACUUAAAGGUGUUUCAGAGCCUUCCUCAGGAGGACCAAGGUCCCAAACUUGUCAGUUUUCAGACUGGCAAAACUAAAGAUGAUCCUCUGAUCCCCUUCUGA